AAAUUGGUUCAAAAUGUGAUUAAAAAGAUAAACAAUCACUAUAUAUAAGUCACACUGAUAUCCACUCAUGAUUGAAUUUUGUUUUAAAUAAUUUUUAUCCUAAUAUUAUUAAGGAUUUAGUUUUUUUAAGCAAUUUGUGACUGUAUAUAUAUAUAAUAAAAAUGAAAAGAUGGUCUUGUGAACCAAGUCAUGAAAAAAUUCCACUUGCAGAAAACCCUUCCUUUGAAGGUGGUUCUGCAUAUGAAACAUUUGGUCAUAGUGGUGAAGAUAUUGAAGUAAAUCAAGUGGACAAUGCUAUUGAGAUGCUUGAUGAUGUGUUGUAUGAUGUGAGUGACGAUGAGAAUGAAAGAGACGAAGAUGAAAGAUUUGAUCAGAAUCUAAUGGAAUCUUUGCCUUCAACUCAGCUUCGCAAGCUUAGAGGAAUAGCCUCAUCAGGGACAAUGCGUCACAGAGUGCAGGGUGUAGAAUUACUUGAUCUGCAUGACCAGCAGGAUUACACAGUGAGUAAUGAGGUGGAUGUUGAUGAAGUUGCAAUACAUGGCUUAGGUGCAUCCAAUGUCAAUCAAAUUAAAGACAUGACAACAACUUUUGACAGAAAGAAAUCUGUCAGACUGCGUGUUCAUGAAAAUGAAAAACGAGGCAGACCUAUUAGUGGAUGGCAAAAUUUUAAAUAUGAAAAUGCCAUGAAAUGGGUUGGAGUAAAAAAUCAUGUGGCAGAUUCUUUUUCGUCGAUGGAUCUUUGGAAAGAUCACAUGAAAAAAAUACAAGGUUUAUUUGGCACUGGUGUUUUGGCGUAUUUCUCUUUCCUAAGAUGGCUGCUCUACAUUAAUUUGUUGGUUUCAUUGCUGACUGUCUCAUUCUUGUUUGUUCCUCAAAUAAUUUUCAAUCCUAGUUCAAAAAAUAACACAGAAAGUUUCACUGGCUUGGAGCUUUUGACAGGAGAGGGUUGGUUGACGCACUCAGAAUUAUAUUAUGGCCAGUACACAAAUAAAAAGAUUGACGAUGUUUAUGAAAUGAAGUAUGCUUACCUACUUGUUGGCGGAGGUUAUGUUUUAAUAUGCAUUAUUGCUUUGGCUGCAAGCAUGGCGAAGUCGUAUAAACAUAACUACAUUGAUGGUGGAGAGGCUUUCUCCACAUUUUCUUCAAAAGUAUUUUGUUCUUGGGAUUAUGGCAUAUCCAACAAAGAAACUGCUGAAAUAAAGAAAGGAAGCAUAGCACAGGACAUCAUAGAAACGCUUGGAUCAAACAGAGAAAGAAAUGAGAGAACGUGUUGUAGCAUUUGUUACGUUGUCAUGUUGCGACUAGUUACGAAUAUUGUGACGCUAGGAUUAAUGGCUGGAUCCGUGUUCCUCAUAUUUUAUGUUUCUGAGUAUGCUUUGGAUGGUUUUUUAGAAAAAAAAGAUGACUCAAAUCAUUUGAUAGGUCUUCUUCCUGCAAUUACUAUUUCAGCAGUUAACUUAAUUAUGCCAUCAGCUUUUCGUUUAAUUGCAUCGAUUGAAAAUUAUGAGUAUGCUCAAAGUGAUCUGUGGAUUUCUCUGCUCAGAACUGCUGUGCUCAAGUUGGCGAGUCUUAUUGCUUACGUUGUGACCUUGCACACGGAACUAAAUAAAAAACAAGAUGUCAUACGAAGUGGUGAGGGGGUAUGUUGGGAAACUUACAUUGGACAAGCAUUUUAUAAAUUGAUUAUUAUUGACUUUCUGUUUGUGCUAUUGUCGACAUUUUUUGGUGAAUUCAUACGAGACGUUUUUGCUCAACGAGUUAGCUGUUGCAGAAGUUACCGACCUGGCUUCGAUGUAUCAAAGAAUGUUUUGAACUUGAUAUACGCCCAGGGAAUUUGUUGGCUUGGUACGUUUUACAGCCCUCUUCUUCCAGUUAUUAACGUUUUAAAACUUAUCAUUGUGUUUUAUGUGAAAGUGAUCAGUGUUCAACGAAAUUGCCGUCCUUCCAUGCGUCCUUUCAAAGCGUCGAAGAUGAGCGUGAUAUUCAUAGCAUUGCUAUCUCUCAUGCUGAUUCUUUCGCUUGUUGUUGUCGGAUACGUCAUCAUGAACGAAGACGCACUUCGGCCAUCUCACGCUUGUGGACCAUUUAGGGGGACACAAAGCAUAUUUUCUGUUGUUUGGAAUAUUAUAAAUGCGGAUGAGGUAUUGGAGCGCAUAGUUAACGUCAUAUCGUCUCUCUCUGUCAUCGCUGGUAUACUGUUUUUUAUUUGUCUGCUUGCUUACUACUUCCGUAUGAGGAAACAAUCAAGUGAAAAGAAAAUCAAAUUACUGAAACAUCAACUUGCAUUGGCUGGCCAAGACAAGCAGUAUUUGAUCAAGAAAUUACGUCAAAUACUUGCACAGCCUCCACAUGUGCAAUAAUCCAAUAUACAUUAUUAUUAAAAUGUUGUAUAUUCCUUCGUUUAUAUCCAAAGAUACUCUCGCGAUUAGGGAAAAUAUUUAUUUAACUUUAUCCUGUAAGGAUAUAAAGUUAAUUUUGGUAGUGGAUAUCUUUCAUCUGUUAAUUAUCUUCUUGUCUUUCGUUAGACCUUUUAUAUGUCUGUGAGAAAUGUUUUGCAUUUCUACAAGUGCUGGUCAAAAAAAUUUCGGUCUUGUUUUUAUAGAGUUUCUAAUUGUCAAAGAGACGAAGAGAUUUCUAAGUGUUGCUUAAGUCUGACUUAAUCCAACAUAUUUUUACCAACAAAUUGCAGGUUUUGCGCAAAGUAAACUUGGAUUUUAAGACAGUUCAUUGUAUUACGCAUCUUUUGUAAAACAUUUUUACACUUUUGAUACUGUUCGUGUUACUGUUAAUAUUAUUUUGUAUAUUAGAAAAUUAUAACACGAAGAAGUAAAUAUAAUUUUGUAAAGAACUACUUUUUCUUCUGUUUUUGUUUUUGAAAUACAGUAUCUGUCCAAUUAACGGACACUCUGAAAGGCGGAGACCUCUGAUUAGCGGACACUUUGUCCAUGCACCGGCCGUUUUCUAGUCAAAGUCUCAUAAAAAUUUUUCUAAUUAGCGGACACUCAAUUAGCGGACACUCUGAUUAGCGGACAAAUUUUUUUUGCACGAAAUGGCAACUAUAGGCUUUUUUUUCUCUCCAAUUAGCGGACAGUCUAAAAAAUUAGGGAACAACAUACAAAAUAAUGAAAAAUUGAACAAUUUUA